CGACGUUAGUCUCGUCCAAACGACGGACUGUUUAACAGUGUUUUUUAACCAUUUGACGUGGUUGUAUUUUAUUCGUCCGAUUCGCGUGAAGUCAAACAGAGAGUGCCAGUUAUUAGAAACAACCGAGUGAACGAUCGAAACCGAUUUUGAAUGUGCAGCUAGAGCUUAAAGAUUAAAGUACAAAUUUGCAUGAAUUAUAAUUUUUCUCUACCGUACGUAACCAAAUCCUGGUUAUAAUCUAAUUAUAAUAUGCAUAAAGAAAAGAGCAAAAUCAGAACUUGAAUAUAGUGUGUGUAUACAUGUAUAUAUCUGUCGAACAUAUUACAAACAUAAUAUUGUACAGCAAUCGGUGAAAGAUAGAUUAUAAAACGGUGGCAUGUUUAGAAAUCAAAAUGCACAAAGUGGCGGAUUAGUAAAAUAAACUUAGUAAUAAAUAUAAAUAAUGUACCCGUCAGACGAGCCAUUGUCAGUUCAAAAGUUGGACGUGCUUUUAAGACAAAGUCUUGGUAACGAUUUUCAAAUAAAGCAUGUUGAAUGGAAGCCUCUAACCGCGCCAGGCGAAAACUUUGGAAGCACCAUGCUGGCCAUCAUUGUCACCUUAACGCGGUCAAGCAACAAAACGGAGACUCUUCAUCUAGUCGCGAAACUUCCACCCACUUCCGCCUAUCUAUUGGGCUUGUUCAACAGUCCAGUGACAUUCAGGAAGGAGCUACAAUUCUACAGCGUGAUGGUGAAGGAAUUCACAAACCUUCAAAUAGAAAGUGGUGUCAACGAGAAGGACGCAAGAGAUCUGGUACCAAAGUUCUUUGGGGGAAGACUAGGUUUGAAAAAUCCAGAACAAUUUGACGAACAAGCUGCUAUCAUUUUGGAGAACCUGAAACUCAGUGGCUACGAUACGGGCGACCGAAUCUUUGGACUGGAUAAGAAGCACACAGAAUUUGCAAUCGAAUCUCUAGCCAAGUUACACGCUCUCGCUAUUGCUUUAAAGACGAAGAAACCUCAGUUAUAUGAAAGAAUAGCGGCAGAAGUAUUUUUAGACGUUUCAAAUGAAAUCACAGAAAAGUGUGUUAAGGACAUGUUUGGGAAAAGUAAAUCGGAUUUAGAGAACAUGGAGGAAAUUAGACCGUAUUUAGAUCGAGUUAAUAAGACCAUAGAGUACGGUCUUGAGGCAAAUAAAAAUCUUAAGAAACCGGAAGAACUUUGGGCAACAUUUGUUCACAGUGACUUUUGGGUGAACAAUAUGAUGUUCCGACACGAUGAAAAAGGAGAGCUAGUCGAUAUGAAGAUCGUAGAUUUUCAAUUAUCCACAUAUGAUUACGGUAUGAAAGAUCUGAUCUUCUUUCUCGUGUCGAGCGCAAACGAAGAGAUUCUGGAUAACAAACUGGACUAUAUGUUUGACUUCUAUUAUUCUUGUUUCAUUAAAAUGUUAAAGACGCUAAAAGUAGACACGGAGAAAUUUUCCAAGCAGAAGUUCGACGAAAUUUUGAAUCGUUGUGGGCCUGUAAAAUUCAAUCAAUGUAUCAUGAUGGCUCAAGUGAUUCAAGCACCUAAGAAAAGUAUCUCAGAGUCAGAGAACGUGGAGGGUAGCAAUGUUUUCAUAGAUAUAUCUGAUAAUCUAAUAUAUAAACGAAAAUUAUUGCACAUUGUGACUCUAUUCGACAAAAGGGGAUGGUUACUUAAAUAAUGUUGUUGCUAUGUUUUAUCUUGUUAAAUAAUUUUUUAUGAAUUGAAUGGUAUUUUUAUACAGGAUAAAAAGUACAAAAUUUAUUGUUGGUAAUGAAUGUUGAUAUAUGAUGUACUGUUAAAAUAUAUAUGAUAAAUUGUUUAUAAUAUAUAAAAGUGUAUAUAGAAUUUUAAAGAUGUUAGAGACUUUUACAAUUUAAGAAUUUAGUCCUAAGAAGACACCAAAUAUGUUCAUAAGAGCUCUAAUAUUAUUAAGCUUUAAAAAUUAACUAGUUGUUCAAAAGUCAAAUUCGAACAAAGUGUUUACUUUAUGAAACUGAUUCUGUAAUAUUAUUGUAGAUACCUGCAUCAUGUUAUUUUGCACGUAGAUAUACUUGUUUUUCAAAAUAAAAAAUCUAUUUUAUUACAUGAAAAUAAUACUAAUAAAAUUUAUUUUCUAAUGAGGUCCCAUGAAUAAUGAAACAAUAUUCUGAAGUUCAUUAUCGUUCGUUUCUUCUAAUUUUCUAAUUUAUAUUGUAAUUAUUAUUAUAUCAUAAUUCUGAGAAGUUUCUAAAGGUUUCUAAAGGUGAAUCGAGCAGAAUCUUAUUUCGUUUCGCAUCGAUAUGCCCCUGCGGAACCCGAUAUAAUGACACAUGUUUUAUGUAACAUGACAUUGAAACACAUCAAUCGAAACUAAUUUUCAUUCUCUCGAUUAAUCGAGUUAACUAUGUCGAAACAAUAAAUAGCCAAUUACAGCGAAUACCAUCAUUUCUCGUUAAUUGCAGCUGACAUUUAUGUGAACCAUGUUUGUUAAUAAAAUAAAAAAAUAAAAUAUAAACAACAAGCAAUAA